CAUCCGACCUGGCACGUUGACAGUCGGAGUCUCUCUCGCGGUGCACCAGUCAGUCGGCGCCCUGAUAUCGACUCGACGAGUGCGCUUGUAAAACCGUCGCGCAAAAGAACUCACGCGAUCGUACCCCGUUCGUUGCACCGCGAAGGCAGAAACGAUUGGCGAAGAUGGGCGAGCUAAAUAAUUUGGACGAGUGCUACAGAGUCGCCGAGGAGUUGGUUUUGUACGCAGGAAAGAUAAUAGAAGAUGGUAUCAGUAGAAGAAAAAAUGUCAAAAGUAAGGGGAUUGACUGGGACCUUGUCACGGAAUACGACCGCAAGAUAGAGGACAAAGUAAUAAAACAAUUGUCGAUACAGUUUCCGUCGCACAAAUUUAUCGGGGAGGAAACGGCAGCGAAGGAAGGCUGCCUACCGCAACUGACCAAUGACCCUACGUGGAUAAUAGACCCGAUAGACGGUACCACCAACUUUGUGCACCGUUUCCCGCACACGUGCAUCUCGUUGGCGUUAUUAGUGAACAAAAAAGCGGAGAUCGGGAUAAUAUACAAUCCGCUUAUGAGGCAAUUCUUCUCGGCCAGGAGGCACUGCGGCGCCUUCCUCAACGGGAAGCCCAUAAAAACCUCUGACACGAGAGACAUAUCUCAAUCACUGGUGGCCAUGGAACCCUGGCUCGCGAAGGAUCCUGAAUACCUGACCAGCGUUUACUGCAGAAUGCACGCUUUAGUACAAGGAACUCAUGGGAUAAGAUCGCUGGGAACAGCAGCGCUUACGCUAUGCUACGUAGCAAUGGGAGCCGUGGAGGCAUAUCACAUCGAAAGUAUAGACGCCUGGGAUGUUGCGGCAGGCAAACUGAUAAUCGAAGAAGCCGGCGGAGUUGUGAUAGACACCGCUGGUGGAGAACUGGAUCUAAUGGUUCCGAGGGUUAUAGCGGCAUGCAAUCAGCAAAUCGCCCAACAACUUGUGGAUCUUAUUAAGAAAGCCGAUUCUGAGAUACUUAACAAAAACUUAAACUGAUUACGUAGCGUGCGUUACACGUCACAUUACAACAACGCCUAUAUAUAUAUAUAUACAUGUAUAAGGGUGAUUCAAGACCUCACCGACAAACUUUUUGAGGAACGAUAGGUCUCGCAGAAAGGAUCAUUUUUUGUCGAGCAACCCACGUCCUCUAAAGCCCGUAUCUGACUACGGAUUGAGAUUGACAUUAGAUUGAAAUUUGACCA